AUGGGUCGGAUGCUAUUGGAUCUGUAUUUUGCGCUGUUUAUAAAGACCCAGAAGGUCAUAGGGACCCCGCUAGACCCAGUCGACGCGCCGAUCAUCCAAAGGAUUCUCAAUUUCGAUUAACAUUGGAAAAUCCAGAAACCUGGAAUUUUGGUCCUCCAAUCCGGAACUAAAAAAUAAAAAAGCAACAAAGGGCGAAAAAUGGCAGCUCCUUCAUCUUCAUUGUUGUCCAAGGUGGGACCCGCUGUCAAACGUCAAGCACUUAGUAUAACGGAAACUGCAGCCUCUAGAAUACACAACCUUCUCCAGCAGCGCCAGCGUGCUUUUCUUCGGCUCGGGGUCAAGGCUCGCGGCUGCAACGGCUUAUCCUACACCCUUAAUUAUGCUGAUGAGAAAGGGAAGUUUGACGAGUUAGUUGAAGACAAAGGUGUGAAGAUAUUGAUUGAUCCGAAGGCCCUAAUGCAUGUUAUCGGAACGAAGAUGGAUUUUAUUGAUGACAAACUCAGGUCUGAGUUUAUUUUUAUUAACCCGAAUUCAAAAGGCCAGUGUGGUUGCGGAGAGUCCUUUAUGACAACAAGUAAUUCAGCAGCUACUAAGCAAGGGGGUAGUUAAGAAUAAUAGCAAACCCACUGUUGAAUUCUAGCACCUGGUAGUCUUGAAGGACCAAAGUAGGAAUACUGAAAAUUGUUGACAAAUGGAUGAAGAUAUCUCAAGUAUGUACUGGUUAUAAUUAUGCCAAAUCUGGGUAUGAAGUUAUUACAUUUUCACCCCUCCCCCCUUCCUCUUUAAAUUAGAAGUGUCAUGGUUGUUUUCUGGCAGCCGCCAAUAUGAUUGAACAACAUCUUUUGUUAUUAGAGCAUCUCUAACAGCCAUGUGACGAAAAUAAAAGGAAAAUUAAAGAUAGAAAUAGUAAAUAUUUGUUUGUAUCCAAGGCUAUUCAAUUUGCUCAAUGUUGUAGUAUUAUCUUACAAAUAAUUGUAAUGUAAAGUUCCAUUUCUUUUUGUUUCCUAUUA